CGACACCCCAGGUCUGAAUUCUCACUUAGCAGCCUUCCAUCUAUCAGCAACAUUGUCAUCCUCACAGCUCUCAAUCCUUUCCCCUUACGCUCAUACAAUUUUUAAUUGCUAUAACCGACCAGGCAACUCCCUUCGCCCCCACUCUCAAUACGCUCAAUAUGAAGGUCUCUUCAAUUAUUCCCACUGCCGUUUUUGCUGCGUUUGCGGCUGGUGCGCCCGUUGCGAGCGAGGACAGCAGCAUCAGUACUUGUCCUGAUUACAACGCACUCCAAUGCUGUUUUGCCUGUCAACAAGUGCCAGCAGCAAGCUCGUCGUAUGGAUCUAUAUGUUGCGCCGCUUGUGGAUGUUAGGGGACCACUCGAGCAAAAUUGCAGAUUUUUUCAGACUUACUCCAACAAGCUCGUCCUCUCAUCUACGUCUUUAUGAUAUGUUUCGCUUGGAUUUUGUGCCUCAGUGCAGGAUUUCCCUGUCAACCAGGUUUUCCUGUGCUUUUAUGUGAAUGCAGAGGCUUAAAUGUAACUGUUUACAUGCCUUGUUGCAGAGUUGAUGACUAGUCUUGGG